GAUCUGUCGCAGCGACAUCUAGUUCUCCCCUUUUAACGAUCCGCAUUCUUAAAUUGGCAAGCUUGUCAAGUGACCCUCUCCGCCUGUCAUUCUUGUCAUCUGUCUUUACGUCAAGUGGUGGCCAGUUUUACAAUUAGGAUAGCCCCCAAAAUGACCACGUGUAGUGAGUACAUCAAGACCGUUUUUCCGUCAAUAGACGACGACCUGAAACACUACGUCGAAGGUGUUCUCGAGAACGGCGCCGAUGAUUUCCAAGACAGCGAAGAAGUGUACGAUGCAAUCGGCGAAGUACUUCAGGAAGUCUCCAGUGAUAAAACAGAAGAUGAUAUUCGAAAUAUUUGUAACGAAUUGCUCAAUAUGCUUAAACCGGAUAAAAGUAAUUCGACGAAGAACGGUCCUACGAAAGUAUUAAAUGCGCCGGUUCAUCUUGCGACGAUGGCUGCAAACUUGGAGAAUAAUAUUAGUGACAUUAAAAGUAUUUGGGUGAUGCAGAGGGACGACACAUUGAAAGUCGACGCCAAAAAACUAGAAAAAGCGGAAGCCAAGUUGCAAGAAAAACAAGAAAAAAGGUCGAAAGACGUGAAGACUGUGGCGCCUGUGAAACUCGAGACUGCGACGGCGUCGCAAGUUACCAGUAAAAAGGAGAGUAAGAUGGAAGCCAAAGGGAACAACAGGACGCAAGACAUCAGGAUAGAAAACUUCGAUGUCGCUUACGGCGAUCGCAUUCUUCUGCAAGGUGCUGACUUGAGUUUGGCGUUCGGGCGGCGAUAUGGAUUAGUCGGGCGAAACGGUCUCGGCAAAUCAACUCUUCUUCGUAUGAUUUCCAACGGCCAACUUCGCAUACCGUCGCACAUAUCAAUUUUACACGUCGAACAAGAAGUCAUAGGGGAUGAUACUCUAGCUAUAGAAAGCGUCUUACAAUGUGAUACAAUCCGAGAAGGGUUGCUUCAGAAAGAAAGGGAAAUCAGCGCGGCGAUUAAUUCGGGCUCAAAUGAUCCAGAACUGUCGAAUCAGUUGACUGAGGUUUAUGCGCAACUACAGAAUAUUGAAGCUGAUAAAGCGCCGGCGAAAGCGUCGAUUAUUUUGAACGGGCUGGGGUUCACCCCGGAAAUGCAACAAAAAGAGACUAAGACUUUCUCUGGAGGGUGGAGGAUGAGGUUGGCUUUGGCGAGAGCGUUGUUCUCCAGACCGGAUUUGUUGUUGUUGGAUGAACCGACGAACAUGUUGGAUAUUAAGGCGAUUAUUUGGUUGGAGAAUUAUUUGCAGAAUUGGCCUACGACGUUGUUGGUAGUUUCGCACGACCGCAACUUUUUGGAUACCGUGCCAACUGAUAUUUUGCAUCUCCAUACACAAAGGAUAGAUGCUUAUAGAGGAAAUUACGACCAGUUUGAAAAAACAAAAACGGAAAAGCUUAAAAAUCAGCAGAGGGAAUAUGAUGCUCAAAUGCAACACCGCCAACACGUUCAAGAAUUUAUCGAUAGGUUUAGGUAUAACGCAAAUCGGGCUGCAUCCGUACAGUCAAAAAUUAAAAUGCUAGAGAAACUACCUGAACUAAAACCAGUAGAAAAGGAAACCAACGUCGUUCUUAAAUUUCCAGACACGGAACCUCUAUCCCCCCCCAUUUUACAACUAAACGACGCCUCUUUCGCAUACAUCAAAAACAAACUUAUUUUUAGUAAUGUUAAUCUUGGUGCUACCAUGGAUUCGCGGAUUUGUAUUGUGGGUGAUAAUGGCGCCGGUAAAACCACCAUCUUGAAAAUUAUAAUGGGGAUUUUAUCGCCGACAGCUGGGAUGCGUCAUGUUCACAGGAAUUUGAAGUUUGGGUAUUUUAGUCAACACCAUGUGGACCAACUUGAUAUGAAUGUUAAUUCCGUUGAGUUGUUACAGAGUGCUUAUCCAGGAAAACCAAUCGAAGAAUACCGAAGACAGUUAGGUAGUUUCGGAAUCUCAGGGGAUUUGGCGUUGCAAACCGUCGCCAGUUUAUCCGGAGGUCAAAAAUCGCGGGUGGCUUUCGCCCGAAUGUGCAUGGGCCAACCCAACUUCUUGGUACUCGACGAACCCACCAACCACUUAGACAUAGAAACCAUCGAAGCACUAGGGAACGCUAUCACCAAAUACACGGGAGGGGUUAUUUUAGUGUCACACGACGAACGCCUUAUAAGAAAAAUCUGCAAAGAGUUGUGGGUGUGCGCCAACGGCUCAGUCAGGAGUAUAGAAGGCUUCGACGAGUAUAGGAAAAUUGUGGAACAGGAGCUGGAAGCAGCCCAGUCUAAAUAAUACUUUCUUUAAAAUUAUUAGGAAAUUUAUUUGUAUAAAUGUGCCUCCUUUUAUGUGGAAAAAUUACUAUUUAUGAUUUUUGUUAUAUUUAUAAUAUAUUCAUGUUUAUAAUGGUAUUUAAAAAUAAAAGUUCAUAUUUUG